AUGGCGCUUGCUCUGGACUCAGCCAACCUCAGCUGUACUCGUUUGCUGCAGUAUGCAGAGCUGUGCACCUUUGAGGAGAUCUCAGUGAGCACACUCGGUGGCCACCUAUGCACUGUACAUUCCCAGCCGGACUGGUUCGGUCGAGACCUGAAGGCAAGCAAAAUGAAGCUCUUGUACGGCAGCAAGCUAAUCCGGAACGUGGAUCUUCUGAAAGACAUCCUCACACCAGAGGCCCCAGAGCCCGUCGAGAUAUUGCUGGUGAGACAGUCGUAUGACCUGGACUACUGGCUGGACGAGAUAAGCAAUGACUACAAGCGGUUGCGGAAAGCCCCAGAGGAGCUCAAGUCAGAUCGCCAUGUGGUUCUUGCCGCGAUUGAGCAGAAUGCGCAGGCCUUCAAGUUUGCCGCGGACGAGCUUAGAGGAGACAGGGAGGUUGCAAUGAAAGCCUUGGCCCUCGACAUCCGACUGGUGGACUUUAUAGGCCUGGAACUUUGGGAAGACCGCGAGAUCAUGACCGACGUAGUCCCUCGCUGCACCCGGAUGUACCGGCAUCUCUCGCCAGGAAUGAAGAGCCAUCGAGAGCUGACGAUGAAGGUUCUGCAGAACCAAGGCGAAUGCCUUCUACAUGCGCCGGCGGCUUUACAGGCCGACCGUGAGGUCGUCCUCCUGGCAGUCAGGAACAUGACUGCAGGGCACCGGUCCAACUGGUUGUGCACGAUUGGCGAAGCCCUGCGCUCUGAUAAGGAGGUCGUCAUAGCAUGUGCUGAGAACGGCUGCUCCCGCAUCGGGGAUCUUGCCCAAGACUUAUGUACAGAUGAAGACGUGCUUCGAGCGCUGGUUACUGGCAAUCCAUUAGAACUUGCCCAGAUGCCGGCAGCUAUCAAAGAAGACCGUGCCUUCGUUCUGGAGCUUCUGAAGCGGAAUGGCGAAGCCUUGAAGUUCGCCGGAGCGCUCUGCGAUGAUCGCGAGUGCGUCGAGGCUGCCGUGCUGCAGUCGCCCUUUCUGAUUCAGUGGGCAUCCGUGCGUCUUCGCGGUGACAGGGACCUGGCUCUCAGAGCCCUGGACGACAGCACUCGGUACCACUCUGCAAGGCCGGGGGGAUUGGCCUAUGACGUCGACAUCUCGCCUUUGCAAUACCUUUCGAGAGAGCUGCGAUCCGACAGGGAGCUGGUUCUGCGUGCCGUUCGCCUGGACGGUAGGGCGCUGCAGUUCGCGGAGGCUGGCCUGAGAAUGGACCGCGAGGUGGUCUCGGCCGCCAUCGACCAGACUGGAAUGGCCUUGGAAUACGUGAUUAGCCCGGCCACGAGUGGCAAGCCAGGUAAAGCCAAAAAGAAGCUGGGAUGCGAUGGAGAUCUUGAUCUACUUCAAGAUGUCGAGCUGCUGGUAAAGGCCGUGAAGCGAAGUUCCAGGCCGCGACUCCACGUGGAGUUCGGCAUCGUGGGUUGCGAUAUGAGUAUCUUGUUCACAUUCGGGGUUUGGGGUUUAGGCUUAGUGCACUGGACUGAAAACACCGGUCUGAAUACUGAGCCGGCCGUCACUCCCCCCCCUUCACACACAUGA